AGAUCCAUGGCAUUACCGCGAGUUUUUGGACCCCAUACUUUUUGAUUUUGCGGUGAAUCCGACAGGAGAAAUACAGUUGACCAUCGCAAUUACUCUGAACAGUUCUAUUUUUUGGAGUAGUUUCACUUUAAUGUCUUUCAGUGUUUACUCUGCUUUUGGAGCAGGAUAAAUAUUUUGGACGGCUAGGUAGUGUUGAAGUGACAUGUACAUGCGAAGAUUAAAAAUUUUGUAACUUAAUCAGCAUCGGAUUUUCGAAGGAAACCUCAUGUUGAACCUCAAUUUUAGAGAGCCUACAUCUAGAACGAAGUAGUACAAUUUACUUGAAACAACAAAAUGACGACGUCGACGGUGCCCAGUUCUCAGUAUGAAUGGGCUUUGCAGGCUCUUUGGGACAACAAGUUUUUCUUCCUGCUCGUGGCGUACUUCAUAUACAAACACGUAGUGGGAAAGCAGCCGUUUCCGGAGCAUCCAGGGCACAAAGUAACAAACCUGAGCUCAGUAGAAGAGUGGAAAAAAUUUUUGGAUAGCAAUAAAAAGUGUGUCGUGGAUUACUACGCAACGUGGUGCUACCCAUGUCGAGCUUGCUCAGUGGCGUACGGACAGCUCAGUGAAGAAUACGACCCCAAAGGAUGGAAAUUCGCGAAAGUCGACAUUGACCUGGCGAAAGACGUACUUACUUUAGUACACUGGAUCAUCUGUCAUGAUAAGUUGCAAAAGUUGGUUCUAGAAAAUCGUGGAGGUAUCGCCAUCGCCAAGCCAACCUGCCCGAUGGUGGAUCAAACGAACAUCGUCAUUAUCACUAGUCGUGACCCGAGGGGCCGGAGGUGA